GUCAUGACUCCUUGACAUUGACGUUUGUUUAAGUCCGUGAAGUCAUCCCUAGGCGUGUAACGUAACAAUUAUAACAAUUCUCUCAAAAAAUGGAAACUUACGAUGUUCUCGUAAAUCAGCCGGUUGUGAUAGACAAUGGAUCUGGGGUUAUCAAAGCGGGUUUUGCGGGCGAGCAAAUCCCCCAAUGUAGAUUUCCAAACUAUAUUGGCAGGCCCAAGCACGUCAGGGUGAUGGCUGGAGCCCUGGAGGGCGACGUCUUCAUAGGCCCCAAGGCGGAAGAACACCGGGGUUUGUUAGCAAUAAAGUACCCCAUGGAGCACGGAAUCGUCACGGACUGGAACGACAUGGAGAAAAUUUGGAGCUACAUUUAUAGCAAAGACCAACUGUCGAUUUUUUCAGAGGAACACCCUGUGUUGUUAACAGAAGCGCCUUUAAAUCCGAGACCGAAUCGAGAGAAAGCAGCUGAGAUUUUAUUCGAAUCGUUUAACGUGCCCGCUUUGUUCAUUUCUAUGCAGGCUGUACUUAGUUUAUAUUCCACUGGUCGGACUACGGGCGUAGUCCUGGACUCAGGGGACGGGGUUACCCAUGCAGUGCCUAUUUACGAAGGUUUCGCAAUGCCUCACAGUAUCAUGCGAGUAGAUAUAGCUGGACGUGACAUCUCCCGCUACUUACGCCUCCUUUUACGUAAAGAAGGAAUCAAUUUUCGCACUACGGCUGAAUUUGAAACCGUUCGAACCAUCAAAGAGAAAGCCUGUUACUUAGCGAAUAACGCCCUUAAAGAAGAAUCUGUGGAUACCGAGCACAUCAAUUAUACUCUCCCUGAUGGUAAUGUUAUUCCAAUCGGGCCGGCGCGCUUCCGAGCACCGGAAGUCCUCUUCCGGCCCGACUUGAUUGGCGAAGAGUGUCAAGGCCUUCACGAAGUCCUUGUGUACUCCAUACAGAAGUCAGAUCUGGACUUGAGGAAAGUCCUAUUCAAAAAUAUAGUUCUCUCAGGAGGGUCUACUUUAUUCAAAGGAUUCGGCGACCGACUCUUGUCUGAAAUAAAAAAGUUGUCGCCGAAGGACGUCCAAAUUAAAAUUUCGGCGCCUCAGGAACGGUUAUACUCGACGUGGAUCGGCGGCUCGAUUUUGGCUUCGUUAGAUACGUUCAAGAAAAUGGUGGUGUCGAAGAGGGAGUUCGACGAAGAGGGACAAAGAGCGGUACAUAGGAAAACUUUCUAGGAUUCUUAAUUGUGUUUACUACCAAUAUUUAAAAGUCUCUUGUCGGCUCUUCAUCAGACAAGAGAUUCGUUAAUUUAUGUUAAUUAUAAUAUUUAAUAAGAAAUAUAUAUUUAAGCUUUACAUUGUCAAUAUUCGUCUUUUUUAUAUUUUUUUAAGUGAGCACUAAACAAUGCAGCUUUAAUGGUUUCUUUUUGUAAUAAAUUAUUCUUGAUUUA